CCCCACCCCCCAUCGCCACGCACCCGCGUUUCAUUUCCAUUUCCACCUCUUCUUCUCCUUCGCGCGAGCGACAAGCGCACUAGCCGCGGCGGAGAUGUGGAGCUCGGAUUCCGAGGCAGACCUCACCGCCGCCGCGGCCGCCAUGACCACCACCACCACAACCUCCUCCUCCUCCUCCUCAUCCUCCUCUCCUUCCUCCUCCCCUCCCCCGCCUCGCCGUCGCCAUCGCCACCACCGCCGCGCCGCCCGCAGGACCCACCCGGUGGAGGCGGAGGCCGAGGAGGUGUGGCGCGGGGCACAGUGGGAGGCGGCGUGGCCGCGGCGGACGAAGCCGGUGGUGGUCGCCGAGGACGAGCCGCCGAGCGGCGGCGUCAUCGUCGGCGCGUGCACGGCGGGGGGCGGCGAAGAGGGCGGCGGCGUGGGGCGCGCGCGGAGCCUGACCGACGACGACCUGGAGGAGCUCAAGGGGUGCGUGGAUCUCGGGUUCGGGUUCAGCUACGACGAGAUCCCCGAGCUCUGCGGCACGCUUCCGGCUCUCGAGCUCUGCUACUCCAUGAGCCAGCGCUUCCUCGACGACCACCCCCAGUCGCACCACUCGCCGCCGCCUCCGCCGCCGCCGAUGCCCUCGCCGUCGAUUCCCAACUGGAAGAUCUCCAGCCCCGGAGACAGCCCGGACGAGGUGAAGGCUCGGCUCAAGUACUGGGCGCAGGCCGUCGCGUGCACCGUCAGGCUCUGCAGCUGAACACCACCACACCACCAUGAUCAUUCCACCAACACAUUUUACAGCCAAGCCCAAGAACAUGAGCAUCAACAAACCAUGUCAAGAACAUGAUCGAUUCCUCCAAUCGGCUGCGCGGAUGAUCAAUCGAUGGAUGGAUGGAUGGGGAAUGCAGUGAAGAUGACAUUGAUGAUCAUUGUGGUUGGAUCUUGCUUGGGAGGAGAAGGUGACCAGAUCAGCUAGUAGCUGUAUGUGUGAGCGACGAGCGUACAUGCAGUUGAGAGAGUGUGGUUCAGAUUAGUUGGGAAUAAUUGUGUCUGGUUGCUGGUUCUCUCUCUCUCUUCUGUGCCAGGCUGCCAGAAUCAAGCUACAGCUUGUCAUCUCCAGCAACUAAAUGUAAUCAAAAUAAUGUAAUCCUAGUUGCCAAUUGGGAGAACAAAGUAAAUAUGGAUGGAUGAAUAAAUAAAUGUGUUCAUCAGCUUGCUCUCU